ACCAAUGUGGCCAAAGCCAGAGGCCUCCUUGGGAAACUUGGAUUAUUCAUAAAUGCAGCCUGCCCCAGCCCUCCCUGAAUAGCAUCCGAAGUCUCUGUGGAGGUCAUGGAUCCUGAACAAAGUGUCAAGGGCACCAAGAAGGCUGAGGGAAGUCCCCGGAAGCGGCUGACCAAAGGAGAGGCCGUGCAGGCCAGUGUUUCGUCCGGCGCCCCUUACCCAGGCAGCAGCACAGCUGCCCCCCCAGAGGGCCCCCUCCAAGAGCUCCUAGCCCCGCAGCCCUUCCCAGGCCCCUCACCAGUUCUUAGGGAAGGCUCUCAGGAGAAACCAGGCCCUAAAAGGUCCUCCAUUGACACCUCUGUCCCCAUCUCGAAGCUUCCACAGCACCCUCUGACACCAGCAUUCAUGUCGCCCGGCAAACCGGAGCAUCUCCUGGAGGGGUCCACGUGGCAGCUGGUCGACCCCAUGAGACCUGGACCCUCUAGCUCCUUCGUGGCCCCUGGGCUCCAUCCUCCAAGCCAGCUCCUCCCUUCCCACGCUUCCAUCAUCCCCCCCGAGGACCUGCCUGGCAUCCCCAAAGUCUUUGUGCCCCGUCCAUCCCAGGUCACCUUGAAGCCCCCAGAAGAGGCGCCCAAGAAGGAGAGGAAACCGCAGAAGCCUGGCAAGUACAUAUGCCAGUACUGUAGCCGGCCCUGCGCCAAGCCCAGUGUGCUCCAGAAACACAUCCGCUCACACACGGGUGAGAGGCCCUACCCCUGCGGCCCCUGCGGCUUCUCCUUCAAGACCAAGAGUAACCUGUACAAGCACAGGAAGUCCCACGCCCACCGCAUCAAAGCCGGCCUGGCCUCCGGAGUGGGCGGUGAGAUGUAUCCCCCAGGGCUGGAGAUGGAAAGGAUCCCGGGGGAGGAGUUUGAGGAGCCCACCGAGGGGGAAAGCACAGACUCAGAAGAGGAAACAGGCACCGCGUCUGCCCACCCCGCAGAGCUCUCCCCCAGGCCCAAGCACCCUCUCCUGUCCAGUGGCUUGUAUAGCUCCGGGAGCCAGGGCUCCAGCCAUGACCGAUGUUCCUUGUCCCAGUCCAGCUCAGCCCCAUCGCUCGAGGACCCCACUCCGUUCACGGAACCCUCAUCCGAACACCCCUUGAGCCAGAAACCCGAAGACACCCACACGAUAAAGCAGAAGUUGGCCCUCCGCUUGAGUGAGAGGAAAAAGGUGAUGGACGAGCAGGCAUUUCUGAGCCCGGGCAGCAAAGGGAGUACAGAGUCUGGGUACUUCUCCCGCUCUGAGAGCGCCGAGCAGCAGGUCAGUCCCCCAAACACCAACGCCAGGUCCUAUGCUGAGAUCAUCUUCGGCAAGUGCGGGCGGAUCGGGCAGCGGACCGCCAUGCUGACAGCCACGUCCACGCAGCCCCUCCUGCCCCUGUCCACCGAAGACAAGCCCAGCCUGGUGCCUUUGUCUGUGCCCCGGACGCAGGUCAUAGAGCACAUCACCAAGCUCAUCACCAUCAAUGAGGCUGUGGUGGACACCAGCGAGAUAGACAGCGUGAAGCCGAGGAGGAGCUCGCUGUCGAGGCGCAGCAGCAUGGAGUCCCCCAAAUCCAGCCUCUACCGGGAGCCCCUGUCGUCCCACAGCGAGAAAACAACGAAGCCUGAACAAUCACUGUUGAGCCUCCAGCACCCACCCAGCACCACCCCCCCUGUGCCUCUGCUGAGAAGCCACUCAAUGCCUUCCGCCACCUGCACCCUCAGUACCCCCCAUCACACCUUCCGAGGUAGCUACUCCUUCGACGACCACAUCACCGACUCCGAAGCCCUGAGCCGCAGCAGUCAAGUGUUUACCUCCCACCCCCGGAUGCUCAAGCGCCAGCCAGCCAUCGAACUACCUUUGGGAGGGGAGUACAGUUCCGAGGAGGCAGGGCCCAGCAGCAAAGAUACAGCCUCCAAACCCGCAGAUGAGCCAGAACCCAAGGAAAGUGAACUCACCAAAAAGACCAAGAAGGGUUUGAAAACGAAAGGGGUGAUCUAUGAAUGUAACAUAUGCGGUGCUCGGUACAAGAAAAGGGACAAUUACGAUGCCCAUAGAAAGUACUACUGCUCGGAGCUUCAGAUCACAAAGCCCAUCUCUGCAGGUGCUCAUGUGUCCCCAGAAGCUGAGAAGAGUCAGGCUGAGCAUGAGCCCUGGUCCCAGAUGAUGCAUUACAAACUGGGGACCACCUUGGAGCUCACUCCAUUGAGGAAGAGGAGGAAAGAGAAGAGCCUCGGGGAUGAGGAAGAGCCACCUGCCUUUGAGUCGGCUAAAAGUCAGUUUGGCAGCCCCGGACCGUCUGAUGCUGCUCGGAACCUUCCUCUGGAGUCCACCAAGUCACCAGCAGAACUGAGUAAGUCAGUGCCCUCCCUGGAGGGACCCACAGGCUUCCAGCCAAGGACUCCCAAGCCAGGGUCUGGUCUAGAGUCAGGGAAGGAGAGGAGAACAACGUCCAAAGAAAUUUCCGUCAUCCAACACACCAGCUCCUUCGAGAAGUCCGACUCUCUGGAGCAGCCCAGCGGCCUGGAAGGGGAAGACAAGCCCCCGGCCCCGUUCUCCUCACCCCCGCCCGCCCCACAUGGACGCUCUGCCCACUCCCUGCAGCCCAGGCUGGUCCGCCAGCCCAACAUCCAGGUCCCAGAGAUCCUGGUGACGGAGGAGCCCGACCGGCCAGAGACGGAGCCCGAGCCACCUCCAAAGGAACCCGAGAAGACAGAGGAAUUCCAGUGGCCCCAGCGCAGCCAGACGCUUGCCCAACUGCCGGCCGAGAAGCUGCCACCUAAGAAGAAGAGGCUGCGCCUGGCAGAGAUGGCCCAGUCAUCGGGGGAGUCCAGCUUCGAGUCCUCCGCUCCCCUGUCUCGCAGCCCCAGCCAGGAGAGCGGUGUCUCUCUGAGCGGGUCCAGCCGCUCCGCCUCCUUCGAGAGGGAUGACCACGGGAAAGCCGAGGCCCCUGGGCUCUCGUCCGACAUGCGCCCCAAACCCUUGGGCACCCACAUGCUGACCGUCCCCAGCCACCACCCGCACGCCCGAGAGAUGCGGAGGUCAGCCUCAGAGCAGAGCCCCAACAUUUCCCAUUCUGCCCACAUGACUGAGACACGCAGCAAAUCAUUCGACUAUGGCAGCUUGUCCUUGACUGGCUCUUCUGCGCCGGCCCCAGUGGCCCCGGCAGCCCCGGCAGCCCCCACAGCCCCACCAGAGAGAAGGAAAUGCUUUUUGGUGAGACAGGCCUCUCUGAGCAGGCCUCCGGAAGCCGAGCCAGAGGCUGCCCCCAAGACAGGAAGACAGGAGAGUGAGGAGUCAAAGCCCUCAUGCAGUAAGCCUUCCGCCAAAAGCUCAUUGCCCCAGAUUUCCUCCACGGCCACUUCGCAUAGCGGGCACCCAGGAGGCAAGAGCCAGGUGCAGGACAGACCCCAGCUGGGGUCCACCCCGCCCUACACAGAAGCACUCCAGGUGUUCCACCACCCCAUUGCCCAGCUCCCCCUGCACGAGAAACCCUACCUGCCACCACCCGUCUCCCUCUUCUCCUUCCAGCCCCUCUUGCAGCAUGAGCCGGGACAGUCUUCAGAAUUCUUCUCCACCCAGGCCAUGUCCGGCCUCCUCUCUGCCCCGUACUCCAUGCCGCCGCUUCCUCCCUCCCUAUUUCAAGCCCCGCCACUUCCCCUCCAGCCUACUGUUCUGCACCCAGGCCAGCUCCACCUCCCUCAGCUCAUGCCUCAUCCAGCCAGCCUCCCCUUCCGGCAGCCCCCUUCGUUUCUCCCUGUGCCAUACCCCACCUCGUCAGCACUCUCUUCUGGAUUUUUCCUGCCUCUGCAAUCCCAGUUCUCGCUUCCGCUCCCUGGUGAUGUGGAAAGCCAUCUGCCCCAGAUCAAAACCAGCCUGGCCCCGCUGGCAACAGGAACCGCUGGCCUCUCCCCCAGCACAGAGUACAGCAGUGAUGUCCAGCUGUCCCCCGUGGCUCCCCCGGCCAGCUGCUCGGCACCCACAUCAGCCCCUCCACUGACUCUGCCUGCCUGUCCGGACACCAUGGUAUCCCUGGUUGUGCCCGUCCGCAUUCAGACCAACAUGCCGUCCUAUGGGAGCGCCAUGUACACCACCCUGUCCCAGAUCUUGGUCACCCAGUCCCAAAGCAGCUCAACAACUGUGACUCUUCCCAAAUUUGAGGAGCCCCCAUGCAAAGGGACAACUGUGUGUGGGACGGAUGUGUACGAGGUCCGGCCUGGGUCGGCUGGGGUGAGUGAAGAGCAGACCAGAGGUUUCCCGACUCCAUACUUGAGAGUGCCUGUGACAUUACCUGAAAGAAAAGGCACUUCCCUGUCAUCAGAGAGUGUCUUGAGCCUGGAGGGGAGUUCUUCAACGGUGGGGGGGAGCAAACGUGUCCUUUCACCAGCUGGCAGCCUUGAACUUACCAUGGAAACCCAGCAGCAAAAAAGGGUGAAGGAAGAGGAGGCUUCCAAGGCAGAUGAGAAACUUGAGCUGGUAAAACCAUGCAGUGUGGUGCUCACCAGCACAGAGGAUGGCAAGAGGCCAGAGAAAUCCCACUUGGGCAGCCAGGGCCAGGGCAGGAGGGAGCUAGAAACACUGUCCAGCCUGUCCUCAGAUCCAUCUGACCCAAAGGAAAUCAGUCCCCUUCCUCACUCCUCCUUGUCCCAUGUGACGGCCCCAGGCUCAGAGGCUUUGAAGGAAUAUGCCCAGCCAUCCGCUAAGCCUCACCGAAGAGGACUUCCCUCACUGAGUGUGAAGAAAGAAGGUUCCAAGGAACAACCUGACCUCGCUCCACUGGCACCUUCAAGCUCGCUGCCUCUGUCAGAAACGUCCUCCAGACCAGCCAAGUCGCAAGAAGGUACGGACUCAAAGAAGGUACUGCAGUUCCCCAGCCUCCACACGACCACUAAUGUCAGUUGGUGCUAUUUAAACUACAUUAAGCCAAAUCACAUCCAGCAUGCAGAUAGGAGGUCCUCUGUUUACGCUGGUUGGUGCAUAAGUUUGUACAACCCCAACCUUCCGGGGGUUUCCACUAAAGCUGCUUUGUCCCUCCUGAGGUCUAAGCAGAAGGUGAGCAAAGAAACAUAUACCAUGGCCACAGCUCCGCAUCCUGAGACAGGAAGGCUUGUGCCAUCCAGCUCCCGCAAGCCCCGCAUGACAGAGGUUCACCUCCCUUCGCUGGUUUCCCCGGAAGGCCAGAAAGAUCUACCUAGAGUGCAGAAGUCAGAAGAGAAGCGAGGGAAGCCGGAGGAAGACGCUCCUGCCUGCAAGAGAGGGGAGCCAGCGAGGAUCAAAAUCUUCGAAGGAGGGUACAAAUCAAACGAAGAGUAUGUAUAUGUGCGAGGCCGCGGCCGAGGGAAAUAUGUUUGUGAGGAGUGUGGAAUUCGCUGCAAGAAGCCCAGCAUGCUGAAGAAACACAUCCGCACCCACACUGACGUCCGGCCCUAUGUGUGCAAGCACUGUCACUUUGCUUUUAAAACCAAAGGGAAUCUGACUAAGCACAUGAAGUCAAAGGCCCACAGCAAAAAGUGCCAAGAGACAGGGGUGCUGGAGGAGCUGGAAGCCGAAGAAGGAACCAGUGAUGACCCGUUCCAGGACUCGGAAGGGCGAGAGGGCUCAGAGACCGUGGCGGAGCACCAGUUUUCAGACCUGGAGGACUCGGACUCGGACUCAGACCUGGAUGAAGAUGAGGAUGAGGAUGAAGAGGAGAGCCAGGACGAGCCACCCGGACCGGCCUCGGAGGCAACCCCGCCUGGCCCGCCAGCCCCUCUGCCGGCAGACUCCUCCCCCGCCCGGGGCCCUCGGCCCCCAGACGCCACCUCUGGCAACCAGGCCACGCGGGGCAGCUCGGGCUUGGACGCUGAGGGCUGGGCAGCCAGCAGCUGCCCUGCGUCCAGCCAGAGCGUCCUGUGCCUCCCCUGGCUGGGACCGGCCCCUUCGGGCCCCCUGGAGAAGGACACAGCCUCGGCCCUGAGCUCCAAGGCUGUGUCCCCAAGAAGGCCGUGGUCCCCAAGCAAAGAAGCAGGCAGCCGCCCAGCACUCACCCACAAACACUCACUAAUCAAAAGCAACUCGUCUCCCCAGCGACACUCACCGGCUGGAGAGCCACAGGCCUCAGCCUCCAGCCCGCCGGGCCCCCAGACAGGCCCUCUCCCUUGUGGGUCUCCAAGACUCGAGCUGUCCCCUCUCACCCCCCGCCCCCUGGGAAGGGAACUGAACCCUGGAGUGCAUCCACCCCCCGAGCGCAAGGGGGCCCCGGAUCCGGGCCCCCCCAGACACUCGCCCACCAGGAGACAGUCCCCGGGCCAGGCCGAGUCACCGCCACGGUCAGCGCUGCCAGGGAAGUGGACCUGGGCUGGGUCAGUGGGCGAACGCGGCCCAGGCUCGGGGCUGGCCCCGUGGGCCGUACACCCGCCCGCGCCUCUACCUCACAAGCUUCUCGGCAGAAGCCCCGAGACCUGCGCCUCCACAUGGCAGAAGGCGGCGUCCCGGAGUCCCUCCUGCUCACCUGGCCCAGCUCAUCCUCCCUCCUCCCGACCCUUCUGGGCCCCCCACGACUUCCACGGCCACACCCCAGCCCGGACCGAGGAGAACAUCUUCAGCCACCUCCCUCUGCACUCCCAGCACUUGCCCCGUGCCCCGUGCCCCCUGAUUCCCAUCGGCGGGAUCCAGAUGGUGCAGGCCCGGCCGGGGGCCCACCCCACCCUGCUGCCGGGGCACACCGCCGCCUGGGUCAGCGGCUUCUCGGGAGGUGGCAGUGACCUGACAGGGGCUCGGGAGGCCCAGGAGCGAGGCCGCUGGAGUCCCACCGAGAGCUCGUCGGCCUCCGUGUCCCCUGUGGCUAAGGUAUCCAAGUUCACACUCUCAUCGGAGCUGGAGGGCAGGGACUACCCCAAGGAGAGGGAGAGGACGAGUGGGGGCCUGGGCAGACCUCCUGACUGGGAGCCCCGAGGGGCCGAGGUGCCCGCAGAGCCUGUGCCCACCCACAGCCCCCACACCCCACCUGAGGCCUCACCCCGGCUGUCCCACGGGCGCAGGCCAGAACCCUGGACCCCCCGCUUGGAGUCACCGCGCACGCUGGCCAGCCCUGCGGCCUCGGCCGCCUCGCCCCUGGACCGCAGCAGUUCCGUAGGCUGCCUGGCAGAGGCCUCUGCUCACUUCCCAGCCCGGAGGAGAAACCUCUCCGGGGAACCCAGGACCAGUCAGGGCUCCCCCGAGCCCUCAGGAAGUGGGGGGCCUGGGGCACCUCCACAUCAGCCCAAGGACGGGGGGCCCCCAAGCACUUAGCCUCUCUCCGACAGCUUCAGCAUCUGGCUUCCGGUGUUCGGCAACAGAUGUUUCCAGCCAGCUUCCUCGAAUCAUCUUGCUCUCAUGGGCUCCCUGUCCCAUCUGUCCGUCUGUCCAAGCAGCUUCUGCUCAGCCCCCAACUGUUCUGUCUUCCCACGUAUGCAGUUACCUGUGCCUUUUUCUAUACCUUUUGUUGCUUGAAAAGAAACAAAACACACGCACACAUAAAAAAAAAGAAAAGAAAAGAAAGAAAAAAGAAACCCACGAGGAGUCAGAGGCUGUGAAUAUAUUGUGCUUUUUUGAGAAAGGGUGCAGGUGGGGGCCUCACCCUGGGCCACUGUGGUCUGCAGCCACCACCCCCCCAGGCUGGCAAGAGGUAGCCAUUUGCUGAGGGAAAGGGGGAUUCACUGGAAGAGGGGGAAAAAAAGCAAGAAACGUUUAAAAACAUGCAUUAAAUGUAAAAGCAAGCACUCCUAUGUACAGAUGUUUAUGUUUCCUAUUUAUUGCAGCUUUAUUCCACCCCAGCCAGUGAUCACCCUCCCUGCCAGCAGAAGGGCCAGUGGCCCAAGGCAGAGAGACACCGGCAGGGGGACCCCACUCAGCAUCCACGGGCAGGCCCAGAAGAAACCCCAACUUUCUUGUUCCUGGGGAAAAAGGAAUGUUACCUUUCCUAGGACUUCGACACAAAUUCUAGGAGCAGAUAGAUGGUAGGAGCUGGUCGGUUGCGUUCCCCCAGGGCUCCCUAAUAUCCAGGGGGUCUGAGUCACGGACCCCUCCUGGCAUCCUGACAAA